UCCAAUCAUUUAUCAGAAGCAGACUCAUUGUCUGUUGUCUAAAUAUAGUAUCCAUUGUGUCUAUCUGGUGUCAACGGCUGUUUUGGGUUUCCUUUUUUUAUGAAGCAUGGCUAUAAGAGGCAGUGUCUGAGUGUGUGCAUGACUUCUGACAACAGUAGUGGUAGCGUGUUGUGUCUGCACCAGCAGCAGAACAAGGAUAAUGGGCUUUCCUAAUCUCCUUUUAGUGUGGUCCCUUAGCCACGACCUUUAUACAUCUGGGGGAGCACAUUACAAUCAAGAGAACUCCUGGAAGAACCGGAACCUCUCAUCUGUUCCUCCAGAUUUGGGCGGGGACCUCAGAGAACUCGACCUGUCCAGUAACUUUAUCAGGCAGCUGCACACUCUUGCUCUGCCAUAUUUGGAGCAGCUGGACCUGAGCAGCAACCAGCUGGAUCUCAUCUCAGAGGAAGCUUUUGAAAAGCUGGCUCGGCUUGAACACUUGAAUUUGUCCAGAAAUGAGCUAAACAUCAAUCUCGACAGUAACAGCAAAGCCCUCCAAUCCCUCGGUAGGCUCAAGAGCUUGGAUAUAUCAAUGAACGGUUUAAGUAAUCAUGCAGCAGAACUGUACCUAAGAAACAAAUCUGCUCUUCAUCAACUUAAAAUGACUGGUAAUGCCUUAAUAAGACUUUCACACAGUUUGUUCAGAGAGAGUAAAGGUUUACAGAUAAUUACAAUCGAUAAAAAUCUGAUAUCGGAGAUUGCUCCAGGGACAUUUGAACCCCUGAUGCAUUUAGAAAUGCUGAACUUGGCCAAAAACAAUCUGGAGCAUAUCUGUGAUUUCAAAUUGCAUCAAGUUAAAUAUUUAAAUCUCAGCAAAAACUCACUGGAGUUCUUUUUCACAAGUGAAGAUGAUCAUUUGUACAGCCUUGAAAUUCUGGACUUGAGUUACAACAAACUUCUCUACUUUCCAAUUGUUCCAAAGCUGAACCGUCUAAGGUAUUUGCACUUACAAAAUAAUCUGCUUGGCACCUUAAAUUCUGAAGCUACAAUGGUUUCAGAAGCCAACUCACUUUAUAACCAGAUUGUCGGAGAGGAAAGAGUUUUGAGAAAUAGAUUACAUUCAAACUGGAGGCUAAUGCCACUGAUCUACAUUGACCUGAGCUAUAACCAUUUCAGGGCCUUCCCCCUUGAGACUCUUAGCCUCCUUUCAUCUUUAAAAACAAUGAAUUUCAGCUUUAAUUGUCUACAAAAUAUUAGCUGGAAAAUUAGACAUUACAGCUCAUCGGGAAACACGAGGCAGCUUUUUUUCCCUUCUUUAAAGCAUCUUAACCUGCAAAGCAACGGGCUUGUGCACAUUUCUCCUCUCUUUUUUAAAGCACUCACACAGAUCAGAACAUUAAACCUGGAGGACAAUUUAGUGAAGCUUUGCACUGCAACUGACAAUAUGACAAGCUUUUACUCCACGCAGAACGCAUCGUGUGUUGCAUUCGAGCAUCUGACGACUCUCAAACACCUCAAUCUUAAAGAGAACAACAUGGAGAUGCUAAAGCCAAACACAUUUCUGAGAAACCCAUUGGUUUCUCUCAAUCUUGCAAAAAACCAACACAUGGUUUUGCAUGAAGGGGCUUUGGAAGGGGCUCAAACCACCCUUCAGUCUUUGAUACUUAGCGAGAUAAACAUGAGCAGCUCCGGUCUUUCUUUGCCUUGUAUGCCAGCGCUAACCCACAUAAAUAUCUCUAACAACCGUUUCAAUGAGAUACCUCUCAGUUUAGCUUGCUCUCCACUUAAAUCAAUCGAUAUAAGCAACAAUGCUUUUUUGACGUUAAACCACUCUUUAAUUCGCAUUUUAUCCAAACGUCUCUUGUUAAUGUUUAUUGCAGGGAAUCCCUUUCAUUGUUGUGACAGCACAUGGUUGAAGAAUUUAAAUGAGACGACUGAACUACCAGAUAUUAAUGAGACAAAAUGCUACACAAAUAUUAAAAACGUAAUGAUACGAGAAUAUCUAAAGAGUCCUUCGCUUUAUUGUCUAGAUAAAGACUCAGAAAAGGUUCAUCUCGGACAAAUGGUAAUAAUCGUGUUAUUUAUAGUUGUAUUAUCAGCAACACUUAUUGUUUUCAUUAGAAAGCUGUGUUGCUUAAAAAUAUCUUUUAUGGAGUGACAUGCAAACCACCUUUGAUUAGUUUUGAAUUAUGUAUCUACAUUGUGGAGGCAGUCAACAGGAGACAAAAAAUAAAAGUAAUCCAGUCUUUUCUAAAAAGGGGGCUUUACAGCUGGAAAAACAAGUCUCUCGUUGACAGAAUGCAGCAAAAAUUCCAUGAGGCAUUUGGAUGAUAAUUCUCAUAUUCCCACAUGGUGCUCAAGUUUUCUGUAAUGUCUUCACCACACAUCUUAACAAGGUUCCUCACUUAGCGUGACCUAGUCCGUCCAAGUAUUGUGACUGAAAAUGACAUAAUUUGCUCUCAAAACUGUUUGGUUACAGUGCCCGCCACAUUAGUGGUCAGAUGAUGAACUCCUGCCCAUCCUUUUGUGAAACAUGUUUCUUUGCGGCUAAAAGUUUAACAUUGGUUGGCAUUUUUGUGACGUCUGUAAACUAUAUUACACAAUAUUUCCAGAAUCGGGGUUAAACUCAUAAACAAUGAAGUUCUGUGAGAACAACACAAAAAAAGACAAUUCAAGGGUUUGUGUAUAUGUUGAUAUGUCUUUAAACAAAUGUUAAUUAAUUAAAGUUUCCACAUGGUUGCCACAGAACGGUGGCAACAAUUAUGCUGUAAAUAAUAAACAUCUACCC